ACUAUUCCGUCUGAGCAUUUAAUUUACAGCACAUAUCAAUUAUCAAGAAUAACCUGACUGUCUUUGCACGCCGUGACAAGCAAACUUCGGUUCCCGAAGCAGGCGCUCUUGCGCCGUUUACAACAUGACAACCAAGUAUGGCAUGUUUAAGGAGCACGAGUACCUUCGGCCAGGCGGCGAAGGGCCCGCAGCGGCAGGCUCGGACGGUGGCAGUCCAGCGCCAGGGUCUCUAAAAAAUAGCCGCACAGCAUCACCAACUGGCGAUCGUGAUGGUGGAUUGAACUUUAAGGCUACUGUGGGCCGCGCUGGAAAGGGCAACGACGCUACUUUCGAGCCAUUUAAAUCACUACAUCACGGCGACAAGUACAUUGACCCCAGCCGGAGAGCGUUGCUGGACCAGAAUGCGGCCAAGGGCAAGCAGGUCGUGCCCGCGGCCUUCAAAGCAGCUUCCCCCAUGAAGAAAUCCACAACGCCAGGCGACUUCGUGGGGACAAUCGCAGGGAAAGUGCCGUACGUGCCGGGCAGCACCAUCAGCACGCAGAAGACCAAGGACGACGUGCGCCACGAGCCGCGCGGCUUUUACACCAGCCCCGCCAAGAAGGGCGGCCUGGGUUUCAACAAGACCACGCUGUCGGAGCGGCAGGGCUUCCGGGGGGUGGCCACGGAGUACGAGUACCAGCACGACCCCGAGGAGCUGCACCGGGAGCGGAGGAAGCAGGAGCGGGAAGCGGACCAGGCAGCCCGGCAGCCGCAGCCCUUCAAGCCCACCAACCCGCCCAAGCGGGGCGGGCCGGGCGUGCCCAACACCACCAUCAGCAAGCACAAGGGAGUGGCCGGCGAGUGGGAGUACAUCUGCGGAGCAGACCCCUCCACCGCGCCGCGCGACCCCAACAACCCGGACGCGGCGGCGGCCACCGCGGCCACGGCGCCGGGUGCGGGCGCUGCGGAUGCCGGCCCGGCCUUCAAGCCGGCCUCGCUCAAGCCGCGGCACCUGGGCAAACAGCCCGAGUACAUCCACGACCCAGAGGUGCCCAAGAUUGAGGCGGAGCACGCCAAGCGCAAGGCGGAGAUCACUCGCCUGGCCAACAGCGGCGCGUGGCGGCCCAACCAGGGCAACAAGACCGACAUGGUCCGCUCCAUUGUGCGCAUGAACCUCAAGUAGUGGCGGGCAGCAUGAGGAGCAGCGAGGAGGCGGAGUGAGCAGGGGAGGCGCGAGCAGGUGGAGGAGUGCACGAGGUGGCGCGAGGGUGAGGUGGAGAGUGGAGCUUGGAAGCUGGGAGCCUGGAGCAGCAGGAGCGGGAGGUAGCGGCCGGAGGCGGAGGACAGGGGCAGCAGUCGGUCGGUUGGAGCGGGUGGCAGCAGUAGGCGGUGGUGAAGGGCUUGUAAGGAAGCGUCGUGGGUACCAGGCGCAGUUGCUGGGCAAACACCGCCAACAUUGGGGGGGUUGUCCUGUAUGCCGGGGGAUGAGAGUUGUCCUGUGAGCAGUUCAGAUCGUGGGGCUGCGUGUGGUCUUGUACAGCGUGUGUGCGACCCUAUGGUGAACAUGCGACGAGCGGCGGUGGUAGCGGCGCCUGCCGCCAGACUGCAGUUCACAGAUUUUAGGCUUCUUGACGUGCAGGUAGACAGAAAAGCGCAGGGAAGUUGCCAACCGGUUGUGAGGGGCACGAAAGGGGUUAGGCGGUUAGAGGGUAGUGGUGGCUCGUGCAGUCAACAGAGCUGCUGUGAGGGCCGUUUGGACGAAAAUGCAAUCUUAAAGCUGAUGUGCUGGUUGGUGGACAGAACUGGCGUGCACCAGUAUUCUGAAGGCAAGAGAUGCCUUUUUGAAUAUGGCUGGGGCCACUACUGAAUCAUGACGCCGCGCGGAAAGCGGAGACCCACGGGGCGCAAGACGGAAAGAACGGCAAGACUAACA